GAUAUAAGGAGACUCGGAAGGGGGAGGUGCUCUGCGUCAUGAGGACUCUGGUGGUGUUGUCAUGUGUGUUAGUGGUGGGCGCCGCCCUCCCUGGCCUGCACACCAACCUGCACGGGGCGCAGGUGUUGCGGGUGGCCCCAGAGGAGGCGGCGCAGGUGCACUACCUGAAGGCUCUCCACCUCCAAGAUCUCUACGAUUUCUGGACGGAGCCUCGAGUUGUCGGCUCCCCAGUCGACAUCAUGGCUCCGGCCUUCCAGCUGCCAGUGUUGAAGAAAACUCUCACACAAGUUGGCCUCAAGUUUACUACCAUGAUUAGUGACGUGGGGGGACUGGUGGCUCAGGAGAAGGCUGCCCGGGACGCUGCCCGAGCCAGUGCCCCGGGAACUAUGGACUGGACUUCCUACCACGAGUACGACGAGAUCAUGGGGUGGAUGGACACGGUGGCCAAGGAUCACCCGGAUGUGUGCACGGUGGAAAACGUUGGCAAGAGCUACCAGCAACACGACAUGAAGCUCCUCAAACUUGGGAAAGGUGUCAACAAACCCAUAAUUUUCCUGGAGGGAGGUCUGGAGGGCCGUGAGUGGAUCUCCCCUGCGGUACUAACCUACAUCAUAGACCAGCUGGUGACCAAGAAGGAGACCUAUGAUGACCUCCUCUCAAACGUCAACUUCUACUUCAUGCCAAUCGUCAACCCAGAUGGUUAUUACUACACCUAUACUACUGACCGCUUGUGGCGUAAGACUCGCUCCAAGACCAACUCUCCACAGAACUGCUACGGUGUCGACGCUAACAGGAAUUGGGACAUUCACUGGAUGGAGGUUGGCGCUUCAGACGACCCUUGCUCGGAGGAAUACGCGGGUAGUGAGCCCUUCUCUGAGGUGGAGAUGAGGAAUGUUCGCGACGAGAUCAUCAAGUAUAGUGACUAUAUAGACGCUUACCUGAGCUUCCACUCGUACUCCCAGCUGUGGUCGUCUCCCUGGUGCUGGACUACCGACCUCCCGGAUGACUGGACGGAUUUGGACGAUCUCGCUCACUCCAUCGUCGAAGCCGUCACCGCUGUCCACGGGGAGGUGUAUGAGACCGGGUCCUGUGCCCUCAGCGGGCCAGCUUCUGGUGGCUCUGCUGACUGGGCCAAGGCUGUAGUCGACGCGAAGUACUCCUACACCAUUGAACUCCGCGACAAAGGUGAAUUUGGCUUCCUGCUUCCUGAAGACCAGAUCAUCCCUACCGGAGAAGAGACCAUGGCGGGCGUCUUAGUCCUGGCGAACUUCAUCAAAGACAAUUACUCCUAGAUCGUUUUAAGAUGUCAAGAUUCACGCGUUAUUUAUCGUCGUCAGGGGAAGAGAACCCAUCGUAGUGUGGCAUUGACCCCCUCUGCCCUUCCUCCCGCCUCCUGUUGUACGCCACCUAGGUCAUGAGACUUCACUCACUAAUUUCAUCACGAUGUAUUCGCUUAAAAAUUCCUCUCCUAGAAGAUGUUAUACGUUUUAUCAUAUUAAAUAAGAAAAAAAGUCAA